CUCAAAACCUCACACUCUCUGCUCUGCCUUCUACACAGACACAACACUUCACACUCCACUCCACCACUCCUCCUCUGAGAGACCAAAGCAAACAAGAGUAUUGGAAUAUUACAAAGAAGAAGAGUGGAAAUACACGAAAUCAAAAAAAAAAACAUCAAAUUUUCUUCUGUCUGUGUGUUUAACAAAUUCGUAUGGACGUUAGUCAGCUCUCUCGCUGCGUUUAAGCAUUCAGUCGGCAUCGAUAAUUACCGGUGGACGUAUCGUCAUCGUGGAACAAAGUUGUUCAUUCGUUCGUUCGUUUCCUCUUUAAGGCAAAGAAGAAGAAAAAAAAAAAACACCAAGAAGUUUAUCACACAAAAAAUAUAAUUCUAUGCCACUGGCCACUGUUGCCACAUUAUUGGGAAUUAUUAUCAACAACAGCAACAUCAUCAUCAUCGCCAUCGUCGUCAUUGGCAAGAACCAAAAAGGCAACAGCAGCCUUCGAAGACACCAAGUGACCAGUAGUAGAAAAUUGAUUCCUGCAAUUAAGACAAUUAUAGUUAUUAUUAAAGCUUUAAAGCUAAAGGCAAGGUGAAAAAGCCCUUGUACAAAAAACCACAACAACAAAAAGAAAGAAAAGAAAAUUGGUGAAGGAAAAAAUUCAAAAAAAGAAAAAGAAACAAAUAUUGAACUCAGUGCCAUAAAAAUUACAAGAAAAUGUGCUUAACAAUUAAUUAACAAUAACAACAGAAAUUAAACAACAACAACUCAAAAAAAAAUUAACAAAAAAUAGUUUUCAACCAAAAACCCACACACACUCACACAUCGCCAACAUGAUUGAUGCAGCUUGCAAUUAUUUAAAUCCCUAUGCCACAGCUUCAUUGGCCGCCACUUCAUCACUGGCCCAAUUGACCGAUUUCACAACAUCUCCGGGGGCGGCAGCCGGCAACAACAGCUCCGCAUCCCUGUACAGCAGCAGCAGCAGCAUCAGUAAGGCCACAUUGACACCAGCCUCCUCGGUGGCCAGUGCCUCCAACUCAACGAUUUCCGCAUCCGUGUGCAAUCCAAUGAAAUUGGAAAUGCAAUAUCCGUCACAGCCAUCGUCGACGGGCUCGGCAUCGCCUAAUUCCAGCAUACAAUCGGCCUCGGCAUCGUCGGCCUCAGUGUCGCCCAGCAUUUUCCCAUCGCCCGCCCAGUCAUUUGCCUCAAUUUCCUCCAGUCCACCCGCAUCGGCUACCUCGGCCUCACCUCUAUCCGGCUCGCACACAGAUUUGGGUGCGGCUGCAGCAGCCACGGCUGCCUAUUCCUGGAAUACGGCAGCAGCCUAUACAGCUGCGGCAUUGCCAACAAGAACUCAAUUCCCCUAUGCCCAGUAUGCCUCAGAUUAUUAUGGCAAUGUUGGCAUGUCGGCAGCCUCGGCAGCGGCCGGAGCCUGGUUUUCCCAUCAGGAUCGUUUGUACCAGCCAUGGUCGGGACAAACUUAUCCCAGCUUCAAUUUCGAUGACAUUGCCUUCCAGACCCAAUUGCAAAGGCGUUCGGUGCGCUGCACCUGCCCCAAUUGCACCAAUGAAAUGUCGGGCUUGCCACCAAUUGUUGGACCCGAUGAGCGUGGACGCAAACAACACAUUUGCCACAUUCCCGGCUGCGAAAGGCUCUAUGGCAAGGCAUCACAUCUCAAGACCCAUUUGCGUUGGCACACCGGUGAACGGCCUUUCCUGUGUCUGACCUGUGGCAAACGUUUCUCUCGAUCCGACGAACUGCAACGACAUGGUCGCACCCACACCAACUAUCGGCCCUAUGCCUGUCCCAUUUGCUCCAAGAAAUUCUCACGCAGCGAUCAUUUGAGCAAACACAAGAAGACCCAUUUCAAGGACAAGAAAAGCAAAAAAGCCAUUGCCGCCGAGGCCAAGGAGGCAGCGGCCCAAAAUGCCAAUAUCAAACAGGAACAUAAAUCCAAUGAAGCUGGUGAAAAAUGUAGUCCGGCCAAAUCGCCCAGCAUGCCAGGCAAUGGUGUAGCGGCGGCAGCCACACCAACCGCCUCGGCAGCCACCACCGUCAAAUCGCCACAAUCGCUGCAACAAAGGCUCAGUGCCAGCUCCACACAAGUUCAAAUUCCUCAACUGCAAUUGAAGACAGAACAACCUGAGGCUCCAACGGCCACAGCCGCCUCGGCUGCUGGCGGCUAUAAUCCCUACAGCAAUUUGUAUCAUCAAAGUUCGUCCCUGUUCCAGCCGCAUUUGAGCAACAGCAGUUAUAACACCAACUCCUCGGCUGCGGGACUACAACAGCAAAGUCAAAACACACCGCCAACAUUUGAUUUGUGGAAUCAGCAACAACAGCAACAACAACACAACCAUCAACAACAACAACAGUCACAAAAUAAUUCCUCCUCAACACUAAAUGCUACCUCAAACCUGGGAAAUCUAAUGAACUCCAACUCCAACAAUAUGACACAACAACAGCAGCAGCAACAACAACAACAGCAGCAGCAUUCACAACAGUAUCCUCCCCUGACAAUGCAAAGUGAAACCCAACUGGCGGAAUACGGCAUUACCAUGUCGACAACACCACCCUCCAAUGGCAGCAGUAGCAGCAAUCAUCAUCCUCAUCACCACCAUCCACAUCAUCACCAUCAUGCGGCCCAUCCUCAUGCCCACUCCCACAUGCAACACAGCUCCACGUAUUCCGGACUCAUUGGACAAAUGAAAUCGGAAUAUCCCACAUAUGCUGAUUUCACAGCUACCUCAUCGGCCUAUGCCGGAGCUGCCAGCUCAGCCUUCCAUCAUCAUCCCCACAAUCCCUGGGCUGCCGCUGCGGCAUAUCAACAUCCUCAUCAUGCCACGGCCUAAGAAGCCUUCCCUCCCAACCCCUCGAAACACGUUAAAAGUGCAAAAUUUUUGUGUGAAAAAUCCCAGAAAAUAAUUUGAAACGGUUGACCGUUUCAAUGUUGCGUUUUCCUUUUCGUUUUUGUUCAAAACAAAAAUCCUGGAUAAUAUCCUUUAUCAUUUUUUUCUUGAUUGAAAAAGCAAAUUUGGUAGGCAUUUCUCAGUAGUUUAUUGUUGCUUUCUUUAGAUGAUGUGACCGCCAUCUCCCCAUUUUCCACAACGGAGAUCAUCUCUUGUAUAUGUAUGUGUGUCGUUUGCUAGAAUAUUUGUUGUUGCUUUUGUAUUUUAAGUUUUUUUUUUUUUAUUUCAUUGUCAAAUAUCUUUGUAAAAUAUUUUCUUUAUUUUCAUAGUUUUUAAUUUUUUUCUUCGAUUUCAAGAUUAUCUUGAAAUUGUUGUUUGUAUAUAUUAUUUUUAGUUUUAAGUUUUUAUUAUUAUUUUUUUUAAUAUUUUUUUUUGUAUAUAUCUAUCAAAUAUGUAUUAAACACCCAGUUUAUCUAAGUAAAUACUCUUGUUAUGUUCAUAUUAUAAAUAUUAUGUAUUUUUUGUCUUUAAGAUAUUACAAAA